ACAAAUGUUUUCAUUUUCCUUUCUCUCUUACCCUGACCGUCAGUGAAUGCUUGACGAAUAACAUUUAAAGAAGACCUUUGUUACACUGAAUUGUCGUUGGGGUCCUAAAGAAUACGCGAAACCAUCGCUGUUUGGGCUCUACAGCCUGCGGAGGUGUUUUCAAACUUCAACAACUGUAAUGGCACCCCCAAGAAAGCAGACCUUGCCCAAACCUCUCCCAGAUGGCUUCAUACUGGUGGAUGCUGAGAAAAAGAAAUGGAGGCUGGGAAAAAUCAUUGGUCAAGGAGGCUUUGGGCUGAUUUAUCUGGCCUCCCAGGAUGUAAGCAGGCCCGUAUCAUCGGACGCAGACUUUGUCAUAAAAGUGGAGUACCAUGAUAAUGGCCCCUUGUUCUCCGAGCUCAAGUUCUACCAGAGAGCAGCCAAACCAGAGAGCAUGCAGAAAUGGAAGAGAGGCAAGAAGCUGGAUUUUCUGGGUAUCCCGACAUACUGGGGAUCAGGACUGGCUGAAUAUAAGGACCUCCGGUAUCGUUUCAUGGCCAUGGACCGGCUGGGAAGUGACCUUCAGAAAGUCUGUGAGGGCAAUGGAGGCCGACUGAAGAAGACCACUGUGCUCCAGCUUGGUCAGAGAUUGGUAGAUGUCCUGGAGUAUAUUCAUGAAAACGAGUAUGUCCAUGCAGACAUCAAAGCUGCCAACCUCAUGUUGGGUUACAGAGACCCAGAGCAGGUUUAUCUUGCAGACUAUGGGCUCUCCUAUAGAUACUGUCCAGAUGGAGUCCAUAAAGAAUACAAGGAAAACCCCAAGAAGGGCCACAACGGAACAAUUGAGUACACCAGCCUUGAUGCCCACAAAGGAGUUGCACCAUCAAGACGCGGUGACCUCCAGAUCUUGGGCUUUUGUCUUCUUCACUGGUUAUGCGGGUUGCUGCCCUGGGACAACGUCCUCAAAAAUCCCAAUCAUGUCCAAGAGGCCAAAAUCCGACUGAUGGAUAAUCUGCCAGGCUCAGUUCAGCAGCUGUCAGCGAGCGGAGCCAGCACAGAUGAGCUGACUGAGUUUCUGAUUUAUGUGAGGACUCUGGACUAUGAGGAUAAGCCUGACUACCAGCUUCUUAAAAAGCUGUUGGCCUGUAAUGUCACACGAGGACUUGACUUCUCGGCGCCUGAAAGUCAACAAGGGUCUGCCACCAAGGAGCCUUUGAAGCGAGAGAAGCAACAGAAAGGAGGAGCAUCCAGAGGACCACGCAGAGCCAAGCUGGUGACCGCAGAGCUGGAUGAUGAGGAACCUGAAAGCGUAAAGUCCAAACCGGUGCCAGCUCACUUCAUAAGAGGCCCACCCCCCACUAAAUCUGGGUCCAAAGAGAACAAAGAGGUUCCUCCUGCGGGAGGGAGGUCACUGAGGCCAAGGCCUGCACGUACUUACAAAGAAAAAGAAGACAGUGAAGAGGAGGAGGAGGAGGAAGAAGAAGAAGAAGAGGAGGAUGUUAGACCCAAACGUAUUCCUGCAUGCUACCUGAGAGGUCCUCCUAUUGGUCCUGGAGCUGCGCCCAAACAGAGAGCUAAAUGCAAAAGACCCGACAAGAAAACAGACGAGCUGAGCCGGACUGUGGCGAGACGGGAACAUCAGCUCAACCUCCAACGGGCAAAAUAUGGCUGGGCACAGUGGGACAGGGAAAGAGAAACGCAUGGGUAUUAUCGAAAACAUUGGGAUGAAAGGCCACAUCAGAACAGAGUGGGGCACAGUCAGAUCUGUUCAGAGCACAGACACAGUUCUGGUGAGUGGGAAUGUUCGGCUCAGAGAGAUCCAAGACAAGGAGGUGCUUCCAUACAGAGAAACUCCUGGAUGUUCGGGUUUGUCUGUGUGGGAUUCAUCCUUUUGUUGGGUGCUAUUUUUUUGUUUGCCAAAGUUCAUUUAAAUAAAAAAGGUGACUUUUUUAGCAGGUAGAAGGUCUUCAUGCUGCUCCUAAGGACCUCUGUGCUGCCAUUUUCACUGUAAUAGGCUGAAAUAGAAAGAGAAGCUUCAGGUUGUUGUUAUUAAUGAAUAAUCUGUAAAGAUGAGAUAUGUUAAGUGUCUGUUAAAAAAAUCCCAUGCACAAAGCAAUAGAAAUCCGACUCAGUUAUUGUUAUUAAGCAGCAUCAGUGGAGCAGUUCCAGAGCUGCAUGUGAAGGCAUUGACAAGGCCAAAUGAUGAAUGGAUCCAUAUGAGUAGCUGCUGAAUAUGUAUGCAGAAUUGAGGUCAGGCCUUUGUGUCAGCUGUCAGUUGGAGUCAGAGGUGUGAACAUACCUUGUUGCAAUAAGGACACUCUCCAAAAACAAGGUUGAAGCUCUGCCUGCUGGAGGGGAGCGCUCGCAGCCACUGGAGGAGAGAAAAGAAAUGACUCACUGAUCUCAUCAUCACCCUUGAUCUAGCGACAAUAACAACAUGUUUCAGUGCACACUACUCUUAGUAUACAAUAUCAUACUACAGAAUAGGUUUUAAAGGGCUUUUCAGUGAAAAGAGCUUAUUCUGCCACAUUUCACCAGGUCCUCAAAAGAUCUGAGAACCAGAAAUUCAAUAAAUGUGGAGAAAACAUUCUUCUAUAAGGCAUCACCGGAGUGAUCCCUCUUUACCUCCAAACAUUGAGCUUUGGUAUUAAUACAAACUCACCAAGAGCUGCUAAAAGACCCAGUCGCCAGAGGCUAAAGUAUGACAGGAUGUAUCUUAUAACAAUAGUCAGUGCUGGAAUCCAGUUUGUGGUGCACACCAGCAGCAGGACAUAUGGUCCUCAACACUUUGGUUGGUCUCCUGUGGAUUCGUGACACUGACCUUCUUUACCAUUAACCCCAGGUUAUUUUUAGGAUAAACUGCAAAAUAGGGUCAGAAUUAUACAUACAUGAUCAGGUAAAUGCACACACUGACACUUUAUCAAGCUGAACCUUGACCAUAUGCCAUCACUAAGUUUCUAGCAUCAAUAAGCAUCUAGCAUAAAUGUAGUUGAAUAUUGGACCACUCUUGAUAACAGAACUGGUACAGUUCAAUUAAAUUGGCUACUUUCUUGGAAAAGACAAUUCUAUAGGGCUGAGCUCAGAGAGCUUUCCAAACUCUUGUUGAGUGUCAAUUUUUUAUUCCUAAACCACUUUUGACGUGCUUGGGCUCAUUGUUGGAACGCUCCGCUCUGUCCAAGUUUCAUUUAUCUAGCUCGUACUGUUAGCUAAAGCUGAUGAAUUUGAACAGUCUUUGUUCAUUAUUUGCAACAGUCCCACAGCAGGACAUUGCCCUCACCAUGCUUGACAGUAAUUCAGUUUAAAACCUUCCCAACUUCAUCAUUAUUUCGCCUAAGUUCAUCUAGACACCAAAGUAAUAGAGAGCUUCUCCAAUUAUUUAAUAAAUUUAGCUAACAACCUGAAGAAGGUGAAGGUAAUUGUGUGAACUUAAGUUUGUUCAGCUUAGCCCUGUAACUCCAGUACUUUCACACAGAAGCUAAUGAACUUUAAACACUCUCCUAAAACAAGGGAGCUGGUGGUAGGUAAUGUAAUGAGCAUUUUGAUUUUUAAUUUCCAACAAAACUAGCGCAGUAAGCCACCUUCAGGGGCAGAAACUGAACAACUUUAAAACUGUUUUUUUUUAAGUGGUGUAAUUAUCUUGGAAUCUGCAGUUGUUAGUUAAUUCAUUGGCUUUUCCCCUUGUUCUGUGUUUUUGCUGUUCUGUAAAAAAUAAUUUUUAUGUGAGCAAAGAGAAACCCUCAGCUGCUGUCAAUCAUGAUCACUAAUGAUUACUAAGCCUUGGCUUUGUCCAGUUAAAAUACAUUCUUAAUAUUUUAGCAACACCUACUGAAAGAACAAGCUGAAUGUAUCUUUGUAUUUAUAAAAAUACAUAAUAAAUUCAAACUUGCACAACCAAUUCCAUUGCAUUAUUGUAUGUAAUGUACUGCUUGAGCAAAAUGAAUAAAAGAAAUCCCACAUUUUAGACAAUGAAAUUCAA